AUGACGCAUGCCGCCGAGCUAAAUGGCCUGCUCUUCCAGGUCGUGGCCGUCAAGCUCAGCGCCCCGUUGAUGAACUAUCAGCGAUUCUACGGUAAUUGUAGCCUGGUUGCUCAACAACCCGCACCCACCGACGCGAGUGUUAAGCGUCAGCGUCAGCGUCAGCCUGACUAUUGCUCGCUGACUGAAGCUGAAGCACGCCAUGCCAACUUGGCAUUGCCAAGUGGACAUUGGCCCCUCUACAGUAGGUCAGUAGUAGACCGCCAAGCAAGCUUCGACAUGACUCACCCGAAGCGGUCUGCGCGUGCGCAUGACUAUUGGCUAAGCUCCACGCAAUCGACGUCUCAAGAUCGGCCGUGCAAGCUGGUCCCAUCGAGUCGUACACGUAUGGACAUGGUUUUGGAACGGCAACAACACCGAAACUCAGCAUCAAAGAAGAUGACGCUCGAAAAAUUGUCAAAAAGGGUGCAGAGGACGCAGUCACCGCCAAGACCCGACCGAGACAGCAUGUCGACUUCCGUGUACCAAUUCGUCUCCACAAUGACCCCGUGCUUCGCGUCGGAAGUAUUGAAGCCAAUGACGCUCUCAUCAUCUUCCACCUCAAGCAAGCCAUUCGCGCCCUUCUUGACUUUUCAGUGCGGUGAAUGUCCGCGACAAUUCUCGCGUCGCUAUGCGUUGCAGGAGCAUCUAGCUACGCACACGGGCGAGAAGGCUUACCGGUGCCCUGCACAUGGCUGUGGCAAGCGCUUCACCACAACCAGCAAUCUAGCGCGUCACCGCCGCAUGCACGGUGACGAGCUGCAGCCACUUGCGUGUUUCUCGCCCGGGUGCACCAAGACGUUCACCACACAGCACAAACUGCAGCGCCACAUGCGCGUGCACACGGGCACUCCCAUGCGAUGUUGCAAGUUUGCCAAUUGCUCCAAGACCUUUAGCUCGACCGGCAACUUGAAUCGCCACAUGCGCAACCAGCACAUCCGCUUUGGACAUCCGCUGACCAGCGAGGCUACGAAGGAGGAGCAGUCGCCGACGAGCGUGGACAUUGACCCUGUCAAUGUGUUUGCUUGGGGCAGCAACAGUCCUACAAGUAUUGCUAUGCAGAUCACCCCCAUCGGAGAGGACUUGCAACUUGAUACCAAUAGCGAUCACCAUGUCUCCGACGAGGAGCUGCUGGAAGUUCUCUCGUUUCUGCUAGAGGAUGACGAGCCCCAGGACAAAAAGGAAGAUGCCACGGACCUAGCGACGGCCACGACAGCAGUGUCAGCCAGCUAGUUGCAGGAUGGUAUUGUACAGGGAAUACCAAAGUACUUUUAGUAAUUUGACCCACUGGGCCUAUCUUUGGCUGUUUCUGAAAAGCUGAACCGACCGGGAGCGACUGUAAAUGUGCAAGAAGAAGUGAUACAGAAAUCAAGUAAAAUGAAGGAAUCGUUCAUGAUCAGGCCGUGU